AUGCCGGGAGGGAAAGGAUACUGUCAUGUAGAGGAGGACGAGAAGGGAGGAGAGGAGGAAAGACCAGCAUACACAAGUCCCUUCAUGAUCGAUGAGGCCCUGGUGGAAGGAGGGGAAAAGCCUCCAUCCUGCGCGGACCUUAAGGCUUUCUUCUGCUCCAAGUACAACUCAAAGUACGGGCACAAGUGCUUUCUGGAGCCUGCGAAGAUUGAGUUGAAGAUUGGAAGCAAAAUCAUACCUGAAGAUGCGAAGUUGAAAGACUAUGUGUCAGCUGGAGAUGAUGUAUUUGUUAACGUCCUGGAGUCUUCUAAGCCUAGAAAUCUGGAUGGGUCCAGCAACGAAUCUAGCAUCACCUCGGCUCACGCCAACGGCUCAGAAGCCAAGAAGGAGACAGUAAAGAUGAAAGUGUAUGCUCAUUACGAGAGUGCUGCGUCGUCAAGACAAGAUCCAAACGCUACACAAGUCUUCCAGAUCACUGACGCUGGCAAAACCGUGGGAAGCUUGAUAGAGGACUUUGUGAGGAUCUACAAUGAGAAGCACAAGAACAACUCAGAGGUGGAAGGGCUGGACAAGUACUCCUUGUGUGCGCGAACAGACGGUCAGGUUGUCGUUCCUGCCGACGCUCCGAUCGCCAAGACGUUUAAGAACGGAGAUGACAUCUGGAUUGUGACGCUUGAGGAGGCCAUGAAGGGUGGGGAAGGAGGAGGAGGGGAUGAGGCGCGAAGUUCUAACUCGGUGGCAGAGAACAACGAGCGGAUUGUGGUGAACUCAUCCGAAGUGAAGAAUGCGAUCGAGCUGUCCAAAGUGAAGGCUAAGGACAAAUCCUACUACUACUGGUCCCGCAAGGCCACUGAUGAGGCGCCAGCUCCAGUGGAGGCGCCGAAGCAGAUUCGCACGCGUGCUGCGAAGCAGGAGGAGAUUAUUCAUUACAAGACAAUCAGCAGCUACUCGUUCGAGGACGAGGAUGGCUGGGUCAAGGUCUACAUCUCGAUGCCCAAGGUUGGCGACCUGCCGGAGAGCUCAGUGACAGCGGAUUUUGACGUGAGGAGUUGCAGUAUCAGGAUCAUGAACUACAAUGGUUUCAACCAUAGAUUGCAAGUUCCGAAACUUAGUGAAGAGAUCAUCCCUGAGGAGAGCAACGUCCGAGUCAAGAAGGAUACAGUCAUCGUGCGCCUGAGAAAAUCGAAGAAGGAUCAUCACUGGUACGAGCUGCACAAGACAAAAGGGAUCGGAGAGGAAUGA